GCUUGAGAUAAAAUUAGUAGGGUAGGCACCUCUAUAAGGAUAUUUUUUUGCGCAUCCUCUAAGUGGAUUAAUCUUCCCUUGAAAGUGCAUUGAUACAUCUUUGAAGAUGUCCGUAAACAAAAGCCGACGCCAUUCUUUGAAGAUGAUUAUGACCCAACCCACGAAAAGAUGUAAAAUUGCAAGGCCCGAGAAGAGAAGUAAAGAACAAACGGAACAUUGUUAAACAAAACCCAUUUAUGAGACAAUGGGUUCCGACUUCCAAUCCAAAGCUUCCGACAUUGGUCCAUAGCAAGUUGUCCGUCCGGUCGAACUUAUUACACGACAUUGAAGAUCUGAUUGAUUGCAACGGCUUCCAACUUCCAAAUUUACAAUCCUCCCCCAAAACAAAUCAAAGAGGAAGAACGAUUCUUUGUUGAAAAGAAAAAGUAGUCCCUGAUUCUUGGAACCCUAAUCUUGAUGUAAUCUAUGCAACUUCAUCUCUGACUUUUCAAAAUCUAUUACCAGCAAAGCAAGCAAAAGUGGCAGCAGAGAAAAGCACGAAUAGGAAUAACAAUAAACUGACGAAAACCAUUCCUUUUCGAUUCUCUUCUAUCUUCAAAUAUGCAAUUCGGUCUUAAUCUUCCUGUUUUCAAGAAUAUAACUUCGUUUGUAUGGCAGUAACUCCACCGCGAAUACCUUUACCAAGCCCUCAUUGUACGAAUUCCUUGUUCCAACAAAAAAACCCAUCUCCCCAAUUCUUUAUUCUUCAUGGCAACAGAAGCUACCACGACCAAGUUCCACAAUUCAGACUUCCGAGCGGUUCCGCCGCCACCGGAUUACCUCCCGGAAAUAACGGUGGCUCCCCACGACGGGCUUCACUUUUGGCAGUUCAUGAUUGCUGGCUCAGUCGCCGGCUGCGUUGAGCAUAUGGCAAUGUUCCCUGUUGAUACUGUCAAGACCCAUAUGCAAGCCCUAGGCUCUUGCCCCAUCAAAUCGGUGGGUGUACGCCACGCGCUCCGUUCCGUCCUCAAAUCCGAAGGACUCCCGGGCUUAUACCGGGGAAUCGGGGCCAUGGGACUGGGGGCUGGUCCGGCCCAUGCCGUCUACUUCUCUGUUUACGAAGUUUGCAAGAAGUACUUUUCGGGUGGGGAUCCGAAUAACUCGGCGGUCCAUGCGGUUUCCGGUGUUUUCGCGACGGUAGCAAGCGACGCCGUUUUUACGCCUAUGGAUAUGGUGAAGCAGAGGUUACAGUUGGGCAAUGGUACUGCUUAUAGAGGGGUAUUGGAUUGUGUUAAGAAAGUUCUCAAAGAGGAAGGUUUUGGGGCGUUUUAUGCUUCCUACAGGACGACGGUGCUCAUGAAUGCACCGUUUACGGCUGUUCAUUUUGCAACUUAUGAGGCAGCGAAAAGGGGUUUGAUUGAGAUUUCACCUGAGAGUGCCAGUGAUGAGCGGGUGAUGGUCCAUGCUACGGCUGGUGCUCUUGCUGGAGCAUCUGCUGCUGUCGUCACUACACCGCUUGAUGUAGUUAAAACUCAGUUGCAGUGCCAGGGUGUGUGUGGAUGUGAUAGAUUUAAGAGUACUGCUAUUAGGGAUGUGGCUAAAACAAUAGUGCAAAAAGAUGGGUACAAGGGCCUCAUGAGGGGAUGGAUUCCUCGGAUACUCUUCCAUGCUCCUGCUGCUGCAAUCUGCUGGUCCACCUAUGAAGCUGCAAAAUCUUUCUUCCAAGAACUCAAUGCCUGCACUGAAAGUGGCACUAUCACCUGAAGUACCAUAAGGAAUUGUGCCAAUGUAUACAGCCGCUGCAAAACUGACACCUCAAGUGAUGGUGGAAAGCUUUGCUUCACACAAUGGAAUGGUAAGCAAGACAUGUACUUGCAGGCAACAGCAUAUCUAUGGUCUAUUUUAACUGAUAUCCAUAGAGUGUAUAUGGUGCUAUUUAAUAUUAUCAAAUAAAUAUGAAGUCAUUUCUUGCCAGGAACCGAUACGGUUUUUGUAUUUGGUUUCAUGAAGAAGUAAGGGAAAGUCGCAUAAAAAAGUUGGGAGUUUUUACCCCAAAAGAUUGAAGUGCUGAAAAUGUUAUUUCCUUGACGCAUUGUUGAUAUGUGCAACUAUUUGACUAUCUUUUUC